AUGAGCAUCGACGACCUCCCCGAUGGAGUGAUUGCAGCUAUACUUAAAAAAGUUGCAGCUUCAGCUCGUUUGCCCGCCGACUUCCUAUCCGCAACAAUGACGUCCAAGAGGUUCACAGAGACUGGAAGGAGUCGUUCUGUCCUCAAAAAAGUCAGUGCGCGUUGCUUCGACUUCAGCGCGAAAAAAUGGUCGGAUGGGCCAAAAACAUUCUUGCAAACAUGCGCUGAAGCGAGCAACCUUGAUGCAGCAUAUAUCCUAGGGAUGAUCACGUUCUACUGUGUCAAGUUGCGUGCGGAUGGCGUUGCAAAGAUAUCAUUAGCCGCAACCGGAGGGCACAAAGAUGCGAUCUACGCUAUGGCAGUCAUCAUGUUCAACGGAAGCGGUGCAGGCGAGGAAAGCAGAGACAUACAUGGGGCCACCCAUCUGUGUGCACAUGCGGCAGCCCUAGGACAUGUGAUCGCCCUAAGAGAGCUGGGGUUCUGCAUACAUGAUGGACACGAAAUUGUCGAUGCAUUUGAAAAUGCAGUCUACAUGAUGACAAAAUAUAAGCAGUAUUUCUCAUUUUCGCAGAUCCCAAAGUAA